CAUGACACACUUUUUGGCAACCCGUGAAAUUGGAGCUGUGCUCAGCUCGUCGUUAGUAAGGUGGCCCAUGGGGCCCAUGGCAAGAUGUUGAAAGGUUGACCCUGGCCUUGGCUAAUUGAGCACCACGCCAUGGAAUUGAAUCCUUGUUGACCUAUAAAUGAGCCAUAGGAUCCGUGGUGCUGACCGGCAACGAAGAUGGCGUUGAAAUGUUUGGAAUGACUGUAAAAUUGAAUCAGUGUUUUCUACGUAUCUUAAAACUUUAUUGACUUUGGAGUAUCAUUAUUGUUAAUUUCGUGAUAUGAGGAACAUAAUUACGUAUGUGCAAGAGAGAGCUGUAUAUCAAGGAAGUGAACUGUGAUUCAAAAGUGUUCUGUCUCUCACCAUGGAUUGCACACAAGUCCUAGAUGAUAUUAAUUUUGGUGAUGCCACACACUACAAGGAAGGAGAAAAGAAGCAGUUGGGAUGCUUGGAGAUUGCAGGAGUAAAACAUUCACUCUACAAUGGAGAAAAUCUUAUUGGCCGUGAUGCAUCAUGUUGUUCAGUAUCUGUCAGCAGCAAGGCAUUGUCCAAGGAGCAUGCUGUUAUUGAAAUUAUUGAUGAAGAUAAUCAUCUAAUUUAUGAUCUUGGCAGCCGAAACAAGACGCGCCUUGGCAAGAUGAUACUACAACCUCAUGUUCGUUACCAGCUGCCAGAUGGUGCCAAACUACACCUAGCAGAUGUCUCAGCUGUAUAUCAGAGACUCUCUGAUAAUGUGGAAGGGGACAGUGAUAGUGGUUCUGAAACAGGAUCUGAAUCUAUGCUUACUGUCAACAAUUCAGUGGUCGAAGAUACAGUCAUAGUUCCAGAAACACCAGCUCUGUCUUGUGCAAAACAGAAAAGUGUUGUCGCUGUUGCAGAAUCACCAUGCUCUUCAUCAGAUAUAGACAGUUCUUUUGGUUUCACCAAAACGAGCAAAUCGGAUAUGUUGAGAAAUGAUAACAUAGGAGGAGUGCUGAUAGGAAGGGCAGAGGAAUCAAAGGAUCAUCCAGAAGUAAAACAGGCCACUGAUGAUGACAAUAUGUCUGAAGCUGAGACUCAGUGUGAUGUGGACUGUUUGGGUGUGAAUAAGUUACAUGUGGGCAGUGUGUCUCAUGGAGACAAGAUUUGUGCAAGUGCACCAAAUGAGGAAGAAGAUAUAUUUGAAGCAGAGACACAGUGUGAGGAAUCCUCUUUGACAGUUCCAGUUAAAUCAUUCGGUGCAAGUGAUCCAAAGAAAGAAGAUUUCACUCUAAGACCAGACACUGACAUUCCCAAUAAAGAAAUCAAAGUUGAUGUAGUAAGUAAAGUGAAAGUAGUUCCAAAAAGCAUCAUUUUGAUUAAACAAGAAAAUGUCAAAGUCCGUAAUGUUAAUAGGCAGCAUACAACAGAUCAUCAGGCUGCUAAGCACAUGGAUAAUUCAUGCAGGAAACAUGAUGAUGAACUUUACAAUGCUCCUGCACCGUGCUUACUAGGAGAAAGAGAUGAAACAUCGUUGAUGGAUAAAACAGAUGCAGUUAGUGUCUGUAGUGAGCGAACUGAGGAAUACGUAUAUGAUGAUGCUAGUCUGAGCUCUCAUGAGGAUGCUGAUAAUAGAAAGUCGGUACAAGAAAAGGCAGACAAUAAAGACUUAGAGAACUUAACACAAAGGAAAGCAGUUUGUUUUGAAAGUCAGAUGGCUCAAGUGUCUUUAUCAGACCAAGAUGGCCAACAAACAGAACAACCAGCUAGAGCGAGGGAGAGAAAAAGUUCUGCAGACACAAAAGUUUCACUCAAUGUUAGUUACAAUGAAGAUAGCUUUGAUCGUUCUAUGUUAGAUGGAGAUGAUGAUUUGUUUGCUUUUCAAGUAACACAGAUAAGUGACCCUAAAGAGGGAGCUUUUAAAACUAAUAAAAUGACUGAACAAUUUAAUGAAGUACAUCAGGAAAAUAAGAGUAAAUCAAAUAUCACAAAUUGUGAUGACCCCCAAACUGCUUUAGUAAGUUUGUCAAAACAAUUCACAGUUAAGCAACUUAAAUCUGAGAAGAUGCUUUCAGCAAGCAAGGCGUCUGAAAAAUGUAUAUCAGAUAAAUCAGAAUCAUAUCAAGCCCAGAAUGGUUCAGUGAAUAUAUCAGAAAUAUUUCAGGUGAAAACAAAAGAUACUGUGAAAUGUGCAACAGCUGGUAAUAAGGAAACUGCAAAACUGUCUAAUGAUUCUGGGGACGAAAUGGAUGCAGACAGUACUGUAGAGGUUGCCAUUGAAAAUCAGGAACAACUGCAUGGCAGUAAAAAAGAUUUAAGACUCUCUCUACAGCUGUGUCAUGAUUCUGGAUAUGAGAAAGAUUCAGAAGCCAAGAGUCAAAUUAUUUUACCUCCAGUAAGCAAUAGCAAAACUAUUUCAAAACUCUCUGGACCAUCUUCAAGGAAAGAUUCUUCUGAAACAUCAAUUUCCAUUAACAGUGAAAAUAUAAAAACAAAGACACAGUCACCCACUCAUCCAGGAAAUGCUGCAACUCAAGACAGAAAUAUUGAAAAACAAAAUAAAGUCAUAGACUAUGAAAAUAAGAUUAAUAGAGAAUUGGAAGAAUAUCAGGAUUCUUCAAAGCAAGACGUAUCCCUCACAGUUACCAACAAACCAGCAGUCAUUUGUUCCGAGAAAGAAAAAGCGCAGACACAGUUAUCCGUUGAAUGUAAAGAUGAUAAUGAUAGUGAUGAUGAAGUCUUUAUGGCUCCAACUCAAUUAUUAUUUCCUGCAAAUAGAAACAGAGACUUUAGAAAGCCUCCUGCAGCUUCAAGAAAAAAGACAACAGACAUAACAGCAGUCAGCAGCAGCAACAGUGUGAAGGUACCUGCACAGUUAAACUCUGCUUUUGCAGAUAAUGACCAUGGUGAUGAUGACAGCAUUUCUGAAGCGGCGACUCAAAUUGUGGAAUCUGCAAAUAAAGGUAGUGGGGAUUUUACUAAAUCCCUCACUCUAUCUCCAGUUGAAGAAAAGCUAAAUGCAGACCACUUUGAUGAUGAUGAUGAUGACAAUAUUUAUGAAGCUGCGACUCAAAUUGUGGGGACUCCAAAUAAUAGUGGUAAAGAUUUUACUAAACCCCUCACUUCUUCCCCAGUAGAAGACAAAACAGAUGCAGAGCAUGAUAAUGAUGACUUUAUUUUUGAAGCUGAAACUCAAAUCAUGGAAACUGCAAACAGAAGUAGUAAAGAUUCAAGUGAACCCUUAGCUCCUUCCCCAGUUGAUGAGAAGCUAAGUGCAGACCAUGAUGCUGAUGAUAAUAUUUAUGAAGCAUCGACUCAAAUUGUGGAAGCUCCAAAUAAAAGUAGUAAAGAUUCAAGUGAACCCUUAGCUCCUUCCCCAGUUGAUGAGAAGCUAAGUGCAGACCAUGAUGCUGAUGAUAAUAUUUAUGAAGCAUCAACUCAAAUUGUGGAAACUCCAAAUAAAAGUAGUAGAGAUUCUACUGAACCCUUAGCUCCUUUCCCAGUUGAUGAGAAGCUAAAUGCAGACCAUGAUGUUGAUGAUAAUAUUUAUGAAGCAGCAACUCAAAUUGUGGAAACUCCAAAUAAAAGUAGUAAAGAUUUUACUAAACCCUUCACUUCCACAUCAGCAGAAGAGAAGACAGAUGCGGAGCAUGGUAAUGAUGACUUUAUUUUUGAAGCUGAGACUCAAAUAAUGGAAACUCCAAAUAGAAGUAGUGAAGAUUCAACUGAACCCUUAGCUCCUUCCCCAGUUGAUGUGAAGCUAAAUGCAGACCAUGAUGUUGAUGAUAAUAUUUAUGAAGCAGCAACUCAAAUUGUGGAAACUCCAAAUAAAAGUAGUAAAGAUUUUACUAAACCCUUCACUUCCUCAUCAGCAGAAGACAAGACAGAUGCAGAGCUUGAUGACAGUGACAGUAUUUUUGAAGCAGCGACUCAAAUUGCGGAAAAUGCCAUCAAAAAUAAUUUUACAGAGACUUCUAAACAUUCCUCAGGCAGCAAUACAGCAGAUAUACAGGCAAUCAUGGAUGAUCGUGAAGUUAAAAAGUUACAUAGUUCAACUGGAACUGUAGAUGAAGAUAAUUUUGAAUAUCCCAUAGAUCCAUGUGAUAAUGCUGACAUAGAUAAUAUCUGCAGUGGUUCAGCACAAAACGUAAAUUUUCCUGAAAACAAAAUCACUGAACUUCAGGAAAGAGAGAGAUCAGCAUCAAGAGGAUCAUGUAGUGUAAUGCCAAAGGCCAAAGGGUAUUAUGUAAACAAAUCCAAAGCAGUAGAAUUAAACCAAAAUUUUCCAAUACAAGACAAUAAGAACACUGCUUUGAUAACACCAAAAGUGCAUUUUGGUGAAAUCGCCAGAACUGAAAGAGAUGCUAUGUCAAGUGAUGAUGGUGAGACAUCAGAACUGAAACAGUCAAAGGCUUCAGAAGAUAAAAUUGUGAAUGUUGAGAAGGAUGCUGAUGAAAAUCAUAAAAAGGUGGAAUCAGAGGAGAAAGAAACUUCUCACACAAAUGAACGGAGAGAACCUGAGCCUGCAGAAUCAGAGAGCCAGAAAUUGUCAUGCAGGGAUGAUCAAGGAGAAACUUUAAUGGCAAAAUCAUUGCAAGCAGAUGAUAGCACAGUAUGUGCCCAGAAAAGCAGUAUGAAGCAAGCAGAGAAAGCACAUGGUGCUGUGAUGAGAGCCCAGAGAAAAGGGGAUGGGAAAUGUGGGAUGGAAGAAUCAAAGAAACCAGGUGUUCCUACAGUGGAUUUUCAGAAAGGAAAUGAUGUUGUAUAUGGAAUGAAAGAGUCAGAAGUAUCAGAUGAUAAUGCCGCAUGUGAUCAGAGAGAUCGUAGUGGAGAGCCUGUGAUUUCAUACCCAAAGAAACCAUCUAAUGUAUUAGAUGCUCAAAAAGAGUGUGGUCAGGAAACUGAAAUGUCAGGAUCACAGAUACUGGAUGAUACACACUUAAGUCUUCAUGAUGAUUCUGGUGAUGAAACAGACCCAGAAAAUGUUUUCAAAGUAGACUCGCAUGAAAUUAAAAUGGAAAGUAAUUCUUAUAAACUUAGUGCAGUUCAGAUAUCUGCUUUACCUAUUUCAUCUGAAGAAACAGUGCACAAAGUACGUGAGAGUGAAGUUAUUUGUAUUGAAGAUAAGCGUCCUUCUGCAUCGUUGAUACUCCCACAGGAUACUGUGACAUCGUUUGUCAGCAGUACUGAAGACAAGAAGGGAUUGACACAGACUGCAGAAUCUGUUGAUACUGCUAUUCCAGUACAGUCAGCGAAAGUGUCUACAAAACCAAUUUCUGCAGGUAGUUCAUGUAGUAAAAAAACAAGUGUUGUGUCUCUCACUCCAGGCAUUGACAACUGUAAUGACUCAUUGAUAGUUGCAGCAAAGGUGCAGGAGUCUGGUGACCAGUCUGUUGGUGAAAACUGUGUAUCAGAAUUAUCAAGUUCUUUUAUUAUUAGUGCUGUAGCAAGUCCUCUGUCACAGGAUCAGAGUACUGAAAACAGAGAACAGAGUUUGAAUUCUGAACUGCAAGCAAGUACACCUUCUGAUCACAUGAAAGAUACAGAUCGAGCAGAGAAAACUCCCUUAGUUAGCAUAAGAACUGAACCAGACAGUGAAGGCUUGGAACCAAAAGAUUCCAGUAUCCAAAAAGAAAAUGAUUCCAAAUCAUGCCCUGACAUUAAUCAGCAAACCCUUCUAGGAAAUGAAAGGUCAGUUUUUGAGGAAGCUGACAGAAUUGCAGAUGAGCCAAUGAAGGACAGCUUGAAUGACGUGCAGGAUCUUAUAAUGCCAUUAACACAGGAUCUGUUGGAGGCUAUGAAAGAGUCUGAGGAACAGAAAUCUCCAUUCAAGCCUGAGGAGCAUAUUCCUAGUGAAGAUGAGGAACCAGACACAACACCUAAAGUUGGUAGGCAUAAUCACUUGCCAAAUAAGGGAGCCAAGGUUAGAAAGAGACUGAAUAUUGACAGUAGAAGCUCAGACACUACAAGGAGCACUAGUAGAAGAAGAAGAAGACUUCCUGUUGAAGAUACUGUUCAGAAUAAUAAAUCAGAUAUUACUGUCAGGGCCAGCAAACAAAGGAAACUUUCUGACAAAAAUUCUGUACAAAAUAGCAGUAGAAAUAAAGCAACUGAUGGACCGUCCCAUAGCAGGACUGACGGAUCUGCUGGGGAGUUUCAGCAAAGUGAAAAUGAAGCUAUAGUGAGCUCAGAUGAUGUAAAUAUUAGUAAAGGAAGAAAAUCAAAAAUCAUUGCAGCCAAAAGUAAGGGGCAAAGAAAAACAGUUUCAUCAACUGAUUUCCAGGACAUAAAUGUGAAAGUGUUACUUGAGGGAUGCAGAACAGAGAGAUCUUCAAGAAGUAAAGUUGAAAGGAAAGAUCAAGAUUUGAGUUCAGAGCAGUGUGAUGAACAAAGAGGAGAAAGAAAGUCAUUGAGGCACGUGGCCAAAUCAACAGAAGAUAAUGGUCAUAAUGAAGCAAGAAAAAGCAGAAGAGAAAGAAGUAUUAACAAGAAUGAAAAUGGAAAAAAUUCCUUUGAAACUAACAGCCGUCCUCCAAGACAACGACGAAUGACGUGGAAAAUCCGAGACAGCUUAGUAGCUGAUUGCAGUCAAGGAAGUGUGACUCCAGAAGAGAAACCAAAGAACAGAAGCAGAGGAAGUUCAAGCAGUAACUCUCAGAAUGAGAUUAAUGAGAGUCUCCAACUUUGUACAGAUACAACUAUGAGGUCAAGAAAUACGUCUUCAAGCAAAUCACCUUCAAAGAAGUUACUGAAGAAUUCUGAAGAUAGCAGCAAUGAUAUAUGUAAAGAAGCGAAAGACACUAGAGGAACUAAUUCUGUUUCUCAUCAGCAAAAUGUGUCUUUACGUAAGUCAGCAAGACUGAGUAAAGGAGAUAAUGCAGUUACAUCUGUGAUUGACCCACCAAAGAUUGAGUCCCCACAAAGAACAACAAGACAGAAUGAUAGAAAAAAAGUAAGGACUAAUGUACAGAAACGGAAGAAUGAAGAAAUUUUCACUGAACUGUCUUCCAAACGUUCUAAGAGAGAGAAUAAAGUUUUCCCAGUUGAUAAGUCUCCAAGAAACAGCACUGACAAAUGCAGUCCAAAAACAAGUAAGCGUGUGUUAAAUACUGAUGAAAGUUUUGAAGGAGUAAGUGAAUUCAGUACAAGAGCUUCAAGCAGAAAGGGGACACAAACUGCAAGUGUGUGUUUGAUGCAGGAACACUCUGCUUUUGUUACCAGCAGUAGUACAGCAGAGAGAGAAAACAAGAAACAGAGAACAGUGCUCACAAAGACAAAUUCUAGUAUAGGUAUUGUUCAGGGAAAUACAAGGAGAUGGGUGAGAAGUAGAAUGGAAGUUACAAAUACCAGUCCAUCUUGCUUGAAGGAUUUGAAUAUAUUACAAUCAUCAACUACUUCAAACAGAACACACCAAAGUGUGAAACGUACAAAACUAAGUGCUGAGGAAGAUUCUGAACAUUCACCACCAAAACAAGCGAAGUCUGGAAAGAGGUUGUAUGAACCAUGUUCUUCUCCAUCCGAGAGCAGCACCCAGAAUGUCAAAGUUGAACUUAGAACAAGCAGAACAAGAGGGAAAGUAACAAGUCCUCAAAAAUUAGAGGUAGGGGAAAUGACAAAACACAAGGCAAAACCUGGUCAGAGAGAGAGAACAAGUAAGAUCUCAAUGGCUGAGGAAACUGACAUAUCUGUAAUACCAACAUCACGUAAGAUGAAUUUAUCUGAGGACCAGGACACAACACCCAAACUUACAAGAUCCAGUCGAAGAAAAGGAACACCACAGAGCAGUAGUCAACUUAAUUCUCAGAAGAAUGGUAACAACAGUGGGGUGAGUACUCCUCGACGUUCUAGUCAACGUAAAGUAGCAGGCGGAACAACUUACCAAGUGCUCUUCACUGGAUUCUCAGACACCAAGCAAGAAUCCAUUGUCAGACAGUUAGGUGGCAGUGUGGUGGAUUUACCUGAAUCUUGCACAGUUCUUGUCACUGACAAGGUGCGGCGAACGUAUAAAUUCCUUUGCAUCAUGGGUCAGGGGAAACCAAUUGUCUCGCCUGAAUGGCUAGUACAAUGUCAGCGCUCCGGUUGUUUCCUAGAUCCGUGGCAAUUCCUGAUAAAAGACCAUGAGUCAGAGUCCAAGUUCAAGUUCCGGUUACAGGAGUCAUUGGAAGCAGCGUCUCGGACUAACCUACUUGCUGGCUACAGUGUUUAUGUCACACCAAAAGUCAAACCUUCCCCAUCGGAGAUGAAAGGCAUUAUUGAAAGCUGCGGUGGUGUUUUCAUAAACCAGGCACCUAACAAAUCUUGGCCAAUUAAUAGUUUCAUCAUCUCUUGCUUGGAUGAUAGAUCCAUGUGGUGUAAGCUAAGGAAAGCAGGUAAACCCAUUGUGGGAGCUGAACUGCUGCUGCUGGGAGUUCUACAGCAGAAGCUUGAUCUUGUAUCAAAUACUUUGGUGUAGUGAUUCAAAAUGUCUGUAUUGUGUUAAAGGAACUUGGUUUUUCACAUUGUAUGCUUUCUUUGUAAAUUCUUUUUGUCUGUCCAUAAAUUUUAUAAUGUUGUAAAUGUGAAUGUGUGUGCAAGUAAGUGCACGUUCUGUAUGUAAACAAACAGUAAAACCUCGUUAAUUUAAACUUGCUUAACGUAACUUGAAAUAAGUAUUUGUUUCGGAUUUGAGAUUCUUGUGGUGGUGACUAUGAAGAGUAUGGUCUCUUGGGCUGUAGUACGAGUGUUACAUAGUUCAGAGGCGAGAUAUACCUCCAAGAUGUUGGGCUUUCUCUGAACUGUUGUAUCCCGCACCUGGAAUCGAUGUCAUAUCCCAGUAGCAAGUCAGGUUGGCUAGGGCAAGCCGUUCCCUUGGGAGUCAAAAUGGGAUAGCUUCAAGGAACAGCAGAGGUAGAGUUAGGUGGUUUAAUGUACAACUAUUAAAAUGCAAUGCUUACAGGAAAAUGUAGAGUUAACACAACAGUUUUGCACACUGCCUACGCCUGGGCAGCCACCGACUUCCUCUAUCAGACAAUCUGUCCUCACGGAUCGUAGACUGUCAUGAUCAAAAAAGUGUCUUGUAAUGCCCAAGGGGGGGUAUAUAUUCCUUCCUCCUUAAGUCUCUAAUAACGUCACACAUUACAGCAGCCUAAAACUUCCAGAACGUUCUCUUGUUUACAGUAUGUGCGUCUCUCCUGGACUUUGAUUGAACUUGACAAAAUUUAUGAGGCAGGAGAGUGCACGAUUGUCACUGUCUUCUAGUUGAAAACAAAUAUGUUUUGGUAUGAUAAUACAGGUGAGAGGUCAAUUUACAAUCUUUUAAUAUUUUGUCAUAUUAUAGUCUCUUCCUCAUUUCAUGUACUUAAAGUAGUUAUUUUAAUUGUCCACCUUCCUUCAUUUUUAAGCAUCUCACCUUGCAAUAAUCCCUAUUAUGUCAGUUACCUUAUCCAACAGCUUGCUAUGUACUUGGUGUUCCCUAUAUAGAUAUUAACCUUUAACAUAUGGACUUUUAAAUUGCCGGGAGCCUCCUGUGGCCGCUAU